AUGUUCAAGAGCGCAAUCUGCGAAGUCACGGUCGCCUCCACUUCGGACAGUCAGGACACAGGGGGAGCUGGUGUUCUGACGCUGCGGCGGCAGCUCACGGCCUCAGGCCACCGCUUUCACGCGUCACUCCGGCUACCCACGCUGCGCCUUGUGCUAACGCCCGGAUCGUGGUCGCUACUCUCCGAAGUGCUGAUGUCCUUGAGCCAGGCUUUUCGACCUGCUACCGACGACUCGUCACCGAGCCUGGGAACGCCGCCGGACAUCGAGGAUCUGGAGCGGCGGCAGAAUGAGCUAGUGGAGGAGACGCCAGCCAGCGCCCCCACUACCUCCAUGGUGCAGUCACUGGUCUUCGAGUCCGCGAUGCCCGCCAGCACAAGUACAGGCCACUUCUGGCACGAGCUCUACGGGCUCUUUGAGGCCGACGCGCAACUGGAAGACUCUGCGGCCACAGAGGGAGGCGACUCCGCAGACUUCCAGGCACCCACAGACGCUGACCAGGAGGAACAGCAGGCCCUCCGCGAUGCCAUCGACAGCGCCAGUGCAGAAGCCGGGCAGGUUCCGGACAUCGUCGGUGCGUCCGUCGAGGUCUGGGUGGAGCAUGCAGCGGCGAUGUUCCUGCUCCUUGAGCAGGCGGAGGCGUCUGAGGGCCAGGCGCACUUCUGCCUUGGAGGACUACCCAACUACGAGCAGCCGUACAAAGGGGACUGA